UGAUGGUAAGAGUCGUUGUAAGUGCAAGAAGUGCGGCGCUAUUUUUAUUUCUGAUAGUCAAUAUGGGACUGGAAAUCUGAAAAGGCAUAGUGAAAAAUGCGUUCGUAAGGAUACACGAGAUGUUGGUCAGUUGCUCAUGAACCAUGAUAUUUCUUUGAGAAAUGCUACAUUUGAUCCUGAACGCUUUCGUGAGUUAUUGAUUGCUGCCAUGAUUAUGCAUGAUCUGCCUCUUGCCUUCGUGGAGUAUGCUGGAAUUAGAUCUGUGUUCUCAUAUUUGCGUGAGUCGGUCUCUGUUAUAUCUCGAAACACUGCAAGGGCUGAUGUGUUGAAAGUUUAUAAGAAAGAGAAGUCACGGAUUAAAUGCUUGCUUGAGGAAGCUAGUGGUAGGAUUUGUUUGACAUCUGAUUUGUGGACCUCGAUUGCUACUGAUGGGUAUCUCUCUUUGACUGCACAUUUUAUUGACAAAAAUUGGAUUUUGCAAAAGAGGAUUCUGAAUUUCUCCCUGAUGCCACCUCCACAUACCGGUGUGGCAUUGUGCAAUAAGAUUACCUCUUUGUUAGCUGAGUGGGGUAUUGAGGGAAGAUUAUUUUCUAUUACUUUGGACAAUGCCUCUGCCAAUGACACUUUCGUGGGCUUGUUGAGAUCGCAUUUAAAUUUGAAUUAUGCACUCCUAGCCAAAGGUGAAUUCUUCCAUCAACGAUGUUGUGCCCACAUAAUUAAUUUGAUUGUGCAAGAUGGACUAAAAGAGAUUGAUGUUGCAGUCGACAAAGUGCGGGAGAGUGUCAAGUAUGUUAAGGGGUCUCAAGUUAGAAAAGAAAAGUUUCUUGAAUGUGUGAGACUCAUGUCUUUGAAUCCGAAGAAAGGCUUGAGGCAAGAUGUCCCUACUCGUUGGAAUUCAACCUUUCUUAUGCUUGAAAGUGCAUUUUAUUAUCGCCGUGCAUUUUGCCACCUAGAGUUAAGUGAUUCAAAUUAUACAAAUUGUCCUACCUCAUUGGAAUGGCAGAAGAUUGAGAAGAUAAAGAAGUUCUUGGGGGUUUUCUUUGAGAUUACGAACUUAUUUUCUGGAAGUAAGUAUCCGACUGCAAAUCUAUACUUUCCUUCCAUUUUCAAAGCAUAUGUAAUGCUCAAGGAGUAUAGUGAUGGGACAGAUGAAGAUCUGAGAGCAAUGUCGUUGAGGAUGCUUAUGAAAUUUGAAAAAUACUGGUCUGAAUUUUCUGUGAUUUUAUCGAUUGCGGUGAUAUUGGACCCUAGGUAUAAACUUGAGUUUGUGGAUUGGAGUUACAGAAAGUUGUAUGGUAGUCAAUCUUCAGAAUUUCAGACUGUUCGAGACAAAUUAUUCUCAUUGUAUGAAGAAUACACAACACAUCAAAAGGUGAAUCGAACAUCUGCAUUACAAGAGAAAGUGGCGUCAAAUCUUGAUCAAGAGUCAGAAUCCGUAGAUAUGCUAGAGGAGUUCGAUGAUUAUGCUGAUAAUGUGUAUUCAGCGUCUUCGAAAAAGUCUGAGUUAGAAAAGUACUUAGAUGAGACAAGGAGUGAUAGAAAGACGGACUUGGACAUUCUUGAGUAUUGGAAGCUUAACUCCCAACGAUAUCCGACGGUUGCAAGGAUGACUCGUGAUAUUUUGAGUAUUCCCGUAUCCACGGUUGCCUCUGAAGCAGCAUUCAGCUGCGGAGGUCGUGUUCUCGAUCAGUAUCGGAGUUCUUUGAAACCCGAUCUUGUGGAAGCACUCAUGUGCUCUCGAGAUUGGCUUUAUGGAUUAACUGAUAGUUGUGGGAUUUCCAUGGAUCAAAUUACAGAGGAUGUGAUGAACUUAAAUAUUAGUGAGGAGCCAUCAACUCAAGGGUCUAAUACCGUGGUUAAUUAAAGGAGCGAUCAAUUCAGAUGCCAUCACUGCAAGGGCAUCUUUGGUUCUUGAUUGGCUACUACUAGCAUUGUCAGCAUUUCAUCUGAGUUAGCCUAAUUACUCUUUAUUUGAACAAUGCUACCUACUUUGGAAGAAUUAAUGAUAUGAUGCAAUUAUAAGUUAUUGUGA